CUGCUGUUCCUCCUACCGUCAGUCUAGACCUGACCAAGGACCCCUGCAAUUCAGCCUUCCCACACAAAGGCCCUAGGAGGUUCCAGUCAAUUGUUCUUGGGUCCUCGGCUAACUGGGUAUCUCCAGGGGCUUAUGGGGCACUGUCCUGCCUAUCUCUGCUAAGAUGCUUCUGUCCUCUCCCUCCACCCUCUCUGGGGGACGGACCCCUAGCGCUGUGGAGAGGUUGGAGGCAGAUAAAGCCAAGUAUGUCAAGACCCACCAGGUGAUAGUGAGGCGCCAGGAGCCAGCCCUACGCGGGGGACCCGGACCGCUCACCCCGCACCCCUGCAAUGAGCUAGGUCUCCCUGCCUCACCCAGGACGCCCGGACCCGCCCGUCGGGGCAGCGGCAGGCGGCAGCCAAGGCCCGACUCGCUCAUCUUCUACCGCCAGAAGCGGGACUGCAAGGCUUCGGUGAACAAGGAGAACGCCAAGGGCCAGGGGCUGGUACGGCGCCUCUUCCUGGGCGCCCCUCGGGACGCUGCCCCGAGCAGCCCGGACCCCACAGAGCGACCCGCAGCUCCUGGGAGUUGGGCUGCGCCCCAAGAUGCCCCAGAGGCCGCAAGAAAGAGGGCGCUGUGCCCCACGUGCUCGCUGCCCCUGUCGGAGAAGGAGCGCUUCUUUAACUACUGCGGCCUAGAGCGCGCGCUGGUGGAGGUGCUGGGCGCCGAGCGCUUCUCCCCGCAGAGCUGGGGCACUGACGCCAGCCCCCAGACCGGAACUUCGCUGCCGCCGGGCUCCGGGGACACCAGCGACUGGACAUCCAGCGACGGGGGCGCUGGCGCCCGGGACUGUGCAGCUGGCGGCGGCUCGGAGGCGGCGGGAUCCACGCGGGACGGGCGGCCCACGGUGUCCGUGGUGGAGCGCAAUGCGCGUGUCAUCCAGUGGUUGUAUGGCUGCCAGCGCGCCCGCGCCCCGCCGCGGGAGUCCGAGGUGUGACCACCGCCACUGCGAAGGCGGCUCCCCGGGAGAGAGUUCCGGAGCGCGGGGCUGGCUCCGUGCACCGGCUCGGCGCCUUUGGGCCAGCCCUUCCCUGGAUCUUGGUGUUUCUCAUCUGAACCUUCGGGAGGUGGAACAAAAUGAACCAGGCUCAGGCCAGACGGAAGGG